UGCCAUUUCCUUUGGUUAUCUUCUUCCAGAAAUUUUCGUAACGUUAAAGGUGCGUUGAUUUUGUGCCGAUUCGACCUUUUUCUGCCCUUAGAAGUGCCCUGACCCAAUCCAAUUGCCUAAGAAGUUCCACUUCUUAGAAUUUCUUUCACUUUCACUAUUGUUUUGUCAAUUUGUUCUCCUCUUUUUCUGUGUUCAUACAUCUUUGCAAAUUGAUGGUUCAUGUCAUAACAAAACAUCUUGAGGUUCCCAAAGAGGAAAUUAGUCGAGAUUAAGCCUCUAACUUCGGUAAAUCUCACAUUCUUCUUCUAGGGGGAUGUCUGAAACUCUCUCCUUGCUCUCUUUUUCUAUAUAUAGUUUUGGGUGAUGUAUAGGCAAAGGGCAUUUACUUGUACUCAUUAACCUCCUUCUGCCCUAGAAUGGAAGUAUGAGAUCGGACGCAGUGCCUCUAUAUAACCCUGUAAAAUCUCCUCAUCUUUGUUGAAUUGCCAACACUCCCGAAUUUAUUUUUGAGGACUCCUAUAAGGACAAGCUGCAUACAUUUCUUUUGUCUUUACAAAAUUUGUCCAAGAAGAUAUGGCAUCUUUCCCAAGGUUAGAAAACCAACAGAGUCAAUUCAAGUAUGAUGUCUUCUUGAGUUUCAAAGGUGAGGAUACUCGCAAAAACUUUGUUGACCAUAUGAAAUAUCAUCUGCGGCGAAGAGGAAUCGUGGCCUUUAAAGAUGAUCAUGACCGAGAUCUACCGAGGGGAAAAUGCCUUAAACCAGAAAUAUUGGGGGCAAUAGAGAAGUCAAAGUAUGUAUAUUUGAUUUUUUCUGAAAACUAUGCUUCUUCUACUUGGUGCUUGGAAGAAGUUGCUAAGGCUGUGGAGUGCAAGGAUGUCGAUGAAGGAUCAGUCAUACCGAUCUUCUAUAGGGUCAAUCCAUCUGACAUACGGAAACUGAGGGGAAACUUUGGGAGAGGCUUUGCUAAAACUGAGGAAGCUUAUUCGGGCGAUAAGAGAGACAUAAGGAGGUGGAAAGAUGCACUAAGAAAAGUAGCUAAUCUCGCUGGAAUAGAAUUGAAAGAUGGAUAUGAGACCAAGUUUAUUGAGCAAAUCAUGGGAGAACUUGAAAAUAAAUUAGGUCCUCGGUUGUCCUAUGUCGUAGGCGAUCUUGUGGGAAUGCAUUCCCGCGUUGCAAAUGUAGUUGAAUCUUUAUGCUUGGACGGGAGUGAUGUAUGCAGUAUUGGCAUAUGGGGGAUGGGUGGCAUAGGCAAAACAAUUGUUGCACGAGCAGUUUAUGACAAAAUCCACGGCCAAUUUGAUGAUGGAUGUUGUUUUCUUGCAAAUGUCAGAGAAAUUUCAAAAAAGAAUGGUCUGGUGUAUCUACAAAACCAGUUUCUCGGCGAUAUUCUCCAAGAUGACAAUCUAAGAAUCAGGGAUGAUCAUAGAGGAGCAAACAUGAUAAAAGAACGAAUGCGACAUAAAAAAGUUCUCGUUAUACUUGAUGAUGUGGAUGAAAAGGAGCAGUUGGAAAAAUUAAUAGGAGGUUUUGAUUGGUUUGGACAUGGAAGUAGGAUCAUUAUAACAACCAGAGAUGAACAUUUGCUUCUCCAAUAUGGAGUAAAUUCCAUAUAUAAGGUGGAGGAACUAUCCUUUGGUGAGGCUCUCCAACUAUUUUGUUUGAAAGCUUUUAGAAGUAAUCAUCCUCCAGCAGAGUUCAAUCAGCUUGUGAAGCAGGUUAUUGGAUACACUAAUGGCCUUCCUCUAGCCCUUGAUGUCUUAGGUUCUUUUUUGGCUUGUAGGAGCUUGAUGCAAUGGAAGAGUGCACUGGCCAGACUCAAAGAAUGUCCGGAAGGGAAAAUUUUUGACCGGCUUAGGUUAAGUUAUGAUGGACUACAACAGAAAGAGAAGGAGAUUUUCCUAGAUAUUGCCUGUUUUUUCAAGGGAAAGGAGAAACCUUACGUUGCAGAAGUUCUGGACAAUUGCGGCUUGUAUUCAAAUAUUGGAAUUGAAGUCCUUGUUAAUAAAUCUCUUAUCCAAAUCGUGGGCAACAAACUAUGGAUGCAUGAUUUGCUACAAGAAAUGGCUUGGGAAAUUGUUCGUCUAGAGUCUCCUGAAGAGCCAGGAGAACGAAGUCGAGUCUGGCUUUUUGAGGAUGUAUGCCAUAUUUUGUCAAAAAACUCGGGAACUGGAAAAGUCAAAGCCAUAGUCUUGCAAUAUGGGGACCAUAGAAUAGUGCACUUAAAUGGAGAAUCAUUCACAAACAUGAAUAACUUAAGAUUGCUUGAUAUUCAUGCCAUCCACCUCUCUUCUGGGUUUAAGCACCUUUCAAAUGAACUAUGCCUGCUAAGAUGGGACAACUGCAACCUUAAAUCAUUUCCACCAAGUUUUCUUCCAAAGAACCUUGUCGAACUCCAUAUGCGGGAUAGCCUCCUUCGCAGCAUCUGGAGAGGGGAAAAGAUGCGAGUCUUGGAGAAGUUGAAAGUUAUCAACCUCAAUGGUUCCAAAUUAUUCGUGGAGACUCCAAACUUCAUAUAUGUCCCAAAUUUAGAGAGGCUAAUUCUCAAAGGUUGCAAAGCUUUAUCUCAGGUUCAUCCUUCAAUUGGAAAUCUAGAAAGACUCGGUCUACUUGAUUUGGGUGACUGUGAGAACCUCACGGGACUUCCAAAUAGUGUAGGUAAUCUAAAAUCUCUCAGAGUUCUUACUCUGUGUGGAUGUUCAAAUCUUGAAGAACUGCCUAAGAGCAUUGGGGGCUUAGAGUGCUUAGAGGAGCUUGAUAUUAGUGAAAGUGCCAUAACACACCUCCCGUCUAACUUGACUUUCUUACAAAAUUUGAAAAAAUUACGCUUUCAGGUUAGUAAAAGGAGGCCACAAAAUUCUUGGAGGACACUGACGUGUACGCUAAGAAGAGCUCUCAACUCUAGACGUCCGCGGUUGCCUUCAUUUUCAGGGCUGUGCUCUUUGACAGAGUUGGAUCUAAGUGGCUGUAGUCUUCUAGAAGGAGAAAUUCCCCGUGAUAUUGAUUGCUUACCCUCUUUGAGGUCUUUAGACCUAGCUGAAAACUUUUUUACCACCAUAACUGCAAGUAUCGAACGUAUCUCUGGCCUAGAAUUUCUCAUAUUAAAUCAUUGCAAAAAUCUUGAAGUGUUACCAAGACUUCCAGAAAGCAUAAUGGUUGUGGUGGCUGAGAAGUGCCUCAGAUUGGAAAGGAUAUCAAACCCAUUCAUUAUAUGCACAGUACCUGACUCAGGGUUUUGCUUCCUUAACUGCUUUAGUUUCCUUCCACAAGAUCUUGAUUUAACUUUGCAGCAGAAGUACUCCUUGUCGUUACUUCGUUACAUCAUUUGCCGUUCCACCAAAUUGUUUUUGGAAACUUAUGUGGUGUCUCCAUUUCUGCAAUGUGAAAUACCUAACUGGUUUAGCUACCAGGGAUUUGGACCGUUGUUGAGCAUAGACAUGUCCCCUAAUUGGCAUGACAAUAGCUGGAGAGGAUUUGCCAUCUGCGCCUCUUUUAAACGAAUCAACUGUAGCUCUUGUCAGGACCUGGAAAAUGCCCACUUCAUUUUCUGUGGGUUCUAUGCUGAUGGAAAUCAGCUAGGUCCCUUAUUUAAGUUUCCCAUCAGAUUUGUCAAUUCAGGUUGCCUUUGGCUAGGUUACGUGUCAGGUACCCAAUUUCCACGUGAUACAAAUUGGGAUACCAUGUCAAACCACAUUGCCGUUUCAUUUACAAUCACCAACCAUGGGUUAAAGAUUAAAGAGUGUGGUGUUCAUCUGGUUUACGAGAACUGUAUAAAAGACUUUGAUAAUCUUUUAGUUUGGUGGUGUAGCUCAUCACCCAGGGAUUGGGAUAGAAUCUACCAUGAGCUUCAAACACCAAGGGAGGUAAAUUGUGCCUUAAGAUAUUCCAUUGAUCCGGAUCUGUACGAAGUGAAUGAAGGUGUAAUGAGCUGUGGGGUCUCUGAGGUUCGGUCCCACCCGUUAAAUGGAGGUCGUUUACUCAUGGAGUAUCUAUAUGUCAUUUGGCAUCGUUCAAGACUUGGACAACUGUCGGUUCAUGAUUUCAAAAGAAGCUGCUUGAAGGCACGUCAAACGUGGUCGGCUUGAAGAAACGUCACCCUUAUGAGCUUUUUCUGUAAACCUUACGGAUUAUUAAAUCCUUGCACACCAGUGAGGCCACGCCUGUGCAUUUUUUAUUUCAAGAGUGGGAGAAUAUAAAUAUGGCGAGUUCUUC